UGGAUUUGACUAGUAUUUAUCUAUCUGCCUAGCUAGAUGAGUAUCGUAUGCAUCGUUCAGUAUGUGUUGUUGGGUGUGUUAAGAAUGGUAGCUGAAGAACUUAAACACAAAGCUUGCAUUGGUGACAUGUGUGUUGAGCUGAAUAUAAGCAGGGAUUAAAAUUUUUCAACGGUGUUAGGGGUCAAGGCCCUGCUCGCCCCCAUGUGUGUUGGGCUAGAGUAUAGGCAGGGGUUAAAAAUUUUCACCGGUGUCGGGGGGGCAAGGCCCUGCUCGCCCGCCCCUCCCCCCGGUUUCCGCCGUAGCAGGUAUGUAACCACGGCCCAGACUCCCAAGUCCAAGGGCUACAGACCAAAAUUCAGGUGAGGCUCUAACUGAAAGAUAACCCAGGCCAGUAUGCAGUAUUCCACUCAUAGUAAUCAGCAUGCUUUGCUGCUGUUUAAUACUAUAAUUUACCUCCAGAAGUGUCUCCCUCAGACCCUCCCAAAGCAUGAAGGGCAGCAUGUGCAUGACAGCUCCGCUGCAACCUCUCUUGGACGAUAGGGUAGGGCACCUAUAUAGCCCUGCGCCACCGCUAGGGUGAGAGCAGUUGGACACAUCUGGAGGGCUCACCCGUAGAGCUAGCCACCACCAAGUUAAGAGGCGAGAGGUUGACGUAUAAGCAGCAGCAGCAGGAGGAUCCCUCAUCAAGGUCGUUUGGAGGACAAGGAGAAAGAAGAGAGAGAGGAGAAGAUGCAGGACUGGGCGCCGGUGUUCAUCUCGCUGGUGCUCUUCAUCCUGCUGUCGCCGGGCCUGCUGUUUCAGAUCCCCGGCAAGUGCCGGAUCAUCGAGUUCGGCAACUUCCACACCAGCGCGCUCUCCAUCCUCGUCCACGCCAUCCUCUUCUUCGCCCUCAUCGCCAUCUUCCUCAUCGCCAUCGGCGUGCACAUGUACCUCGGGUCCUAGCUAGCUAGUAGUAGCUUUUGUUAGCCUGAUGCCUGCCUGCCGAUGGUAUCUGUCGAUCAGCUAGCAGCUCGAUCCUGUUCUUCUCUGCUAGCCGCCCGUCUCUAAUUAAGGGUUCUUUUUCUAUACACAUGUAUUGAAUAACAAUGUAUGUACCAUCCAUGUUCAUUUCUUUCUUCUAAUAAUAACAAGUUCAGUUCAGUUAAGUUCUUUAA